CCGCCUUUGCAGAGCAUGCUGGGACGUGUAGUUCCAGGCGGACAUGGGCGCAAGCGCACUUCCUGGCUUUGGGGACUAGAGAGCCUGACCAUGCUCUUUAUGUGUCCGUGGAGCUGGAAGAUUGGUGAUUUUGGUCUCACCAGGCCCUUUCUCUGGUUUUUGAGGGAUUUUGGACUGAACGAGGUUCUUCUGACUUUACAUGACGAUGGAAGUGAUUGCCGGGAACCAUCACAUUGUGGUGGACACUUCAACCUAGAAGAAAAGGAAAGGGUUCUGAUCCACUCCUGCCUCUACCCCACAUGGGAGGAGAACCCUGGACCUCAUCUGAGGAGAUCACCUAUGUCUAGAUACAGGAUGAUUUCAGGGAACUGGUAUUCCAUUCUCUUGGCCUCAGACGCCAAGGAAAAUAUAGAAGAAGAUGGUAGCAUGAGAGGUUUUGUGGAACACAUCCAGACCUGGGACAACUCUUCUCUGACUUUUACAUUUCAUAUAAAGGUAAAUGGACAGUGUACUGAAAUUGUUUUGCUUUGUGAUGAAACAGAAAAGAGCGGUGUAUAUAGUGUUGCCUAUGAUGGACACAAUCUAUUUCACAUAGUUGAAGCUGUCUAUAACAAAUAUAUUAUUUUUCAUCUCACAAAUUUCAAUGAUGGGAAACCAUUCCAAGUGAUGGAGCUCUAUGCCCGAGAACCGGAUGUGAGUCUAGAACUCAAGAAAAAGUUUGAGAAAAUUUGCCAAAACUUUGGAAUUGUUAAGGAAAACAUUAUUGACCUCACCAAAAUAGAUCGCUGUCUGCAGGCCCGAGGGAGUGGAGAGGCCCAGGCCUCCAGUGCUGAGUGAAUGCUUCCUCACCUGAGCUCCAGGAUCUUCCCCGCCACGGUCCCCACGUCAUCUUGUGACAAGUUUCUGUGACCUGAUUUCCCUCGCUGUGACACAUGAAGCCACUAUCUCUGCAUCUUCAGGGUCUGCCCUAAUUGUCUAGGAAGACUCAUCAUCUACCCAAGACUCAAAAGGUUUUCUUCAAAUUUCCUACUCUCCUGGCCAUACCCAGGAGAACUCUACCAUGAAUAAGACCUUCUCUACCUGGUCAAUAAAUGAUUAGCCUCGCA